AUGAGUCAACUAGCUGAACGAAAAGGCUUUAAAAUCGAAUCCACCUUGUCAGAAAAAAAGAAGAAAUCCAAAGAUAAAAAGUCCAAGCCAAAAGUUGCAGAUCAAGUUAAAAUUAUCGAUGAUGAUGCAUAUGUACCAUGGAACGCAGCGCAUGAACCAGCUGCAAAACUUGCUGAGGAAGAACCCGACCUAGUUGAUGAUGCUCCAGUUGUUGUUGGUAUCGUCGAUGAACGUCCACCUUCUCUUCAAGAAAAAGAACGAUUCAAAGAUAUGAAACGGUGGAAAACAUCAGCGUUUGAUGAGGUUCCUGAACCCGGUAGUAUUGGACCGCAACCGAAACCACAAAAAUCUUCAUCUGCAUCGCGCCGAAAACAUAAAUCAUCUGAUGAUAGUGAUCCCGAACUGGAUCGUGAUUCUUCGAAGAAAAAUGUUGAUCCUGAUCUAUCGCCACCACGACGUAAAACUCAGCAAAAGAAUGAUGACGAAGAUGAUCCUUCUCCUCCAAGAAGAAGAAGAAAUCAACAAUCAGAUGACGAUCCUAGCCCACCACGGCGUCGCAAUCUGUCACCUCCCCCAAAAAAAGAACGAAAAGAUAAUGAUGAUGAUCCAAGUCCACCACGACGCCGCAAUCCGUCACCUCCACGAAGAAAACAAAAACAUGAUGAUGAUCCAAGUCCACCUCGGAAACGUGAUUCUUCCCCACCACGACGUAAAAACAGAUUCGAUAACGAUCCUAGUCCACCUCGAAAACGUGACUCUUCUCCACCGCGACGAAAGAACAGAUUCGAUGGUGACUCCAGUCCACCACGACGACGAGAUCGAUCUUCGCCACCUCAGCAAAGAAACGAUAGACAUUCACGACACGAGUCACCGCCAAGUCACCGUCGAGUUAAACAAGAAUCGCCUCCUCUACCCUCACAACCUGCUAAAUCUGAACGAAGACGAUUAGCAGAACAUAAAGAACAAGUUUCUGAACGAUACGCACAAUGGGGUCGUGGUUUAGCUCAAGUUCGACAAACGGAAGACGCAGUUAAAGAUUAUUUAGAACAAGCAGAUAAACCAUUAGCACGUUACCGUGAUGAUGAAAGUCUGGACAAAUUGCUCAAAGAUCGAGAACGUGAAGACGAUCCAAUGCUCAAAUAUCUGACUAAAAAAGGUCCUGAUACAAAUGAUCGAUCAACAGGUGGCAAUGCUGCUCCACCAAAACCUCGCUACCGAGGACCUGAUCCGCAAAAAAAUAGAUUUGAUAUUUGGCCCGGUUACCGAUGGGAUGGUGUCGAUCGUUCGAAUGGUUAUGAGAAGAAACUCUUCGAAUCAAUUGCCAACCGACAUGCUAAAGCACAAGAAGCAUAUCUGUGGAGUGUAGAAGAUAUGUAA